UAUUUUCUCGCCAACCCGGCUCGAAAGUCGAAACCCGGAUUUCGGAAAGAGAACGGGAAAUUAUCCACCUGACAUUGCCUCCUCAUCCAUGGCAGCCAAAGAGGCAUCAGAAGAUCUCUUACGGAGUUGCCAUGUGUAUGAAGAUUCACUGCGUUUUUUCAUCAAUAACUUGUUAAUUGAAACAGGAUUUUUUCGCCGCUGACGCCUGACAGAACCCAGCUGAACAACAAAGCCAACGUGAAGCCUCCGAGAGUGAGAGAGGGAGAGAGAGACUCCGAGAGUUGUCAUUUCAAUGGAAACCUUGAAUCAUUUGGGUCUGGGUCUAUGCAGCCCAAGGUUGGUUCCAAAGAGGAGACUUAAGAAGCUCUGCACCAUUGGGGGUAGUGGUCCGAAUACUACUAAUUCAUCCCCAAUCACCUGCUACACGAGCAAAUGGGCCGACCGUCUCCUCGGCGACUUCCAAUUCAUUCCCUCAACCACCAGCACCACCACUUCAGAUCCCUCCGACUACUACUCCUCUUCUUCCACUUCAAACGUCGCUCUGACUUCACUCCUCCCUCCUCCACCCGCCGUUCCAGAGAGGCACAUUCCCCUCCCUCUCGACUUCUAUCAGAUAUUAGGAGCUGAAACUCACUACCUGGGAGACGGUAUAAGAAGAGCUUACGAUUCUAGGAUUUCCAAACCACCCCAAUAUGGCUUCAGUCAAGACGCCUUAAUCAGUCGAAGGCAGAUUCUUCAAGCCGCUUGUGAAACCCUAGCAAACCCUAGGACAAGAGGAGACUACAACCAAGGUCUUCUUGAAGACCAAGAUGGCACUCUUAUCACACAAGUCCCUUGGGAUAAGGUCCCUGGAGCUCUUUGUGUGUUGCAAGAAGCAGGGGAGACUGAGGUUGUACUUCGCAUAGGCGAGGGUUUGCUGAGAGAAAGGCUGCCAAAGUCGUUCAAGCAAGAUGUUGUGCUGGCAAUGGCUCUGGCCUAUGUAGACCUCUCUAGGGAUGCCAUGGCAUUGUCUCCUCCAGAUUUUAUUAAAAGCUGUGAAAUGCUUGAAAGGGCUUUAAAUCUGUUACAGGAAGAAGGUGCAAGUGGCCUUGCACCAGAUCUACAGGCACAAAUUGAUGAGACACUGGAAGAGAUCACACCACGUUGUGUUCUGGAGCUUUUAGCUUUACCUCUUGAUGAAGAACACAAGACAAGACGAGAGGAGGGUCUUCAUGGUGUCCGCAACAUUUUAUGGGCUGUUGGAGGAGGGGGCGCAGCUGCUAUUGCAGGGGGAUUCACUCGUGAAGAUUUUAUGAACGAAGCCUUUUCUCGUAUGACAGCAGUGGAGCAGGUGGAUCUAUUUGCUGCAACACCGAGUAAUAUUCCAGCAGAAAGUUUUGAAGUUUAUGGGGUGGCACUUGCCCUUGUUGCCCAGGCCUUUGUGGGUAAAAAGCCUCAUCUGAUCCGAGAUGCUGGCAACCUAUUCCAACAACUUCAGCAGACAAAGGUGACGACUCUAGGAACUGCUGUCUCUGAGUAUGUGGCAAGAGUAGAUCGUGAGGUAGAUUUUGCAUUGGAACGGGGCCUCUGUUCACUUCUUGUGGGAGACAUUGAUGAGUGCCGCUCAUGGUUGGGCUUAAACAAUGAAAAUUCACCUUAUAGAGACCCAUCCAUUGUUGAAUUUGUUCUGGAAAAUUCUAAGGAUGAUAACGAUAGUGGUCUUUAUGGGCUUUGCAAACUGUUGGAAACUUGGCUGAUGGAGGUGGUUUUUCCCAGGUUUAGAGAUACUGAAAGAAUACAGUUCAAACUUGGUGAUUACUAUGAUGACCCAACUGUCCUGAGAUAUCUAGAAAGGAUGGAGGGAGUUGGUGGUUCACCAUUAGCUGCUGCAGCAGCCAUAGCAAGAAUAGGGGCUGAAGCCACAACAGCAGUGCUUGAUAAUGUGAAGGCAAGUGCAAUGCUUGCAUUGCAGAAGGUGUUUCCAGUGGGUAACAAGGAAGGAAGGAUGAGAAAAGAGGAGGAUUAUGAUAACAGCGCUUUUGUUUCUGCCAUAGAGAGUGUGGAGCCUGAUGACAAACCUAAUGGAGAAAAUUCUGGCAGUUCAGAGGAAGUGUAUGAGAAAAUGAGUUAUAAUACUGACAAACAGUGGAUGACUGAAAAAAUAAAAGAUGCCAGUGUGAAGAUUAUGUGUGCUGGUGUGGUUGUCGGACUGGUGACUCUGGCAGGUUUGAAGUAUUUACCAACUAGAAAUGGGUCAUUGGUUCUACAAAGAGAUACUUCAGUUAUGGCUGCUGAUGCAAUCAGCUUGGAUGAAAAAGCUGUGGAGGACAUGCCCAGAAUGGAUGCAAGGUUUGCAGAAAGUCUAGUUCGUCAGUGGCAGAAUAUUAAAUCACAGGCUCUUGGACCUGAUCAUCGUCUCAGCAAAUUGCCAGAGAUACUGGAUGGUCAGAUGCUGAAGAUAUGGACAGACCGUGCAGCAGAAAUUGCACAACAUGGUUGGUUUUGGGAGUACACAUUGUUGGGCUUGACAAUUGAUAGUGUCACUGUGUCAUUGGAUGGGCGGCGAGCCUUAGUGGAGGCAACACUUGAAGAGGAAGCUCGGCUGACAGAUAUGGUCCAUCCAGAGCACAACGACUCCUACAAUACAACCUACACCACGAGGUAUGAGAUGUCCUGUUCCAGGUCAGGGUGGAAGAUUACAGAAGGAGCUGUCCUAAAAGCGUAAGUAAGUGAUGGUGGCCAUGAGAAUCUCCUAUCAUCUUAUCUGUCACCCCUGCUUUGUAAAUACUACAUAUAUGCAUUCCUUAAUCUUAUUCAAUUAUUUUUGUUCUA